UCCACCGCUUUACAGUUAUUUUGUUCUCCGAAAGAUAAAAUACUCGUAAUAAUGGAUUUUCGAACGUUUGUUAUGAUUCUCAUGUGCGUCUCCGCCUUUGCCGAGCCCACUCCCAGCAAGUUGGCUCCUAAAACGAAUGACUCGUCCAUUCUAGAGGACGAACCACCAGAAGGUUAUUACGCCUUUAUUGAAUCCCCUAAUGCGGAACCACCGAAAGUGCGACCUCCACCUUAUAUUGAUAGUGAUAAAGAGUGUCAUGAUACUGGAAACCAAGGGAAGGGAUUCGUAUCUGUCCACAAUGUUUGCGGUGACCUGAAUAAGGGCUACAUUCCCAGAAAUCCAAUGAAACACAACAUUGCUGGAUCUUCAUAUCCAUUUGAGCUGAUAAAAAAUCACACGUUAAAAUUCCUGAGCAAAGCAUUACCCAUACUCAAGGCUGAUGACUCACUGCCGAAAGUCGCAAGGAUUCAGCCGUUCUCACAGAAUUCAGUACAUACUGACGAAAAGCGAAGCAGGAAUAAGCGGGCAGUAGAAACUGAUGAGAACGCAGAGACUGACAGAAGUGGACGCAAAUAUUGCGAAGAUGGUGGAGUAUUCUGUAUGUUAUACAAGGCAAUUCAGCCCCUAGCCUCCUCAGCAGCAGAGCGUAGAGACGAGCCAGCCCCCCCAGAAUACCGUCAAAAACCCCCAACCUCCGAGAAACCAGAAUACUCUGGACCCCCAACCCCAUGCCCCGCCAAAGUUGAAUAUGCCACUCCAGUCUUUGCGAAGAAUUACCAGGGGACCUGGAGAUACGUCGUGCAGAUUCCUUACGAAGGCUACUUCACCCAGACGAUUGAGUUAACCCGGUGUAUGCAGGCAAGGUGUCACUAUCUCGAUGGAGGCUGUUUGUCAUCGCCUCGAUGGACCAGUCUCCUAGUAGCUGAAAUUUUCUAUCCGGACACAUUUCUCGAGGAGAAUCCAGCUGGAAGAUUACCGGGCUUGAGAGAACCAGUGGCAGGAUCACCGCCUCCGGUGCAAGAUUACCAGAAUUUCCAGAUGUAUUUACAGAAAAGGGCGGGAGAAAAUGAAGGUCGCAGCACAAAUCAGCAGCAUCAUUGUGAUGGUGUUGACGAGAGAGGAUGUUUCCAGGUUCGACUCUACUACGACUGGUUUCUCGUGCCCGGAAGCUGCAAGUGUUGGCGGCCUGAUUACUUCAAUCGCUACGUUCGUCGUACAAGCAGCACUCCGGAGUUAUAA